AGCCCCUCUAAACGGUGCUGCUGGUCUGGUGGUGGUGGCAUGCGGCGCAGAGAUAGCAGCAGCACUCUCUGUCAUCCCCACGUGCCCAAUCCCUUCUUUCCGCUUGCUCCUCCCCCCCCCCUCUCUAUCCCACCACUCUCCCUCCUCUUCCAGAGCCCCUCUAAACGGUGCUGCUGGUCUGGUGUGGGUGGCAUGCGGCGCAGAGAUAGCGGCAGCACUCUCUGUCAUCCCCACGUGCCAUUUCCCCUUCUUUCCGCUUGCUCCCUCCCCCCCCCCUUCCCCUCUCUAUCCCACCCUCUCCCUCCUCUUCCAGAGCCCUCUAAACGGGGCUGCUGGUCUGAGCCCCUCUAACGGUGCUGCUGGUCUGGUGUGGGUGGCAUGCGGCGCAGAGAUAGCAGCAGCACUCUCUGUCAUCCCCACAGCCCCUCUAAACGGUGCUGCUGGUCUGGUGUGGGUGGCAUGCGGCGAAGAGAUUGCAGCAGCACUCUCUGUCAUCCCCACGUGCCCAAUCCCUUCUUUCCGCUUGCUCCUCCCCCCCCCCCUCUCUAUCCCACCCCUCUCCCUCCUCUUCCAGAGCCCCUCUAAACGGUGCUGCUGGUCUGGUGUGGGUGGCAUGCGGCGCAGAGAUUGCAGCAGCACUCUCUGUCAUCCCCACGUACCCAAUCCCUUCUUUCCGCUGGCUCCUCCCCCCCCCUCUCUAUCCCACCCCUCUCCCUCCUCUUCCAGAGCCCCUCUAAACGGUGCUGCUGGUCUGCUGUGGGUGGCAUGCGGCGCAGAGAUAGCAGCAGCACUCUCUGUCAAACCCACGUGCCCAAUCCCUUCUUUCCGCUUGCUCCUCCCCCCCCCCUCUCUAUCCCACCACUCUCCCUCCUCUUCCAGAGCCCCUCUAAACGGUGCUGCUGGUCUGGUGUGGGUGGCAUGCGGCGCAGAGAUAGCGGCAGCACUCUCUGUCAUCCCCACAGCCCCUCUAAACGGUGCUGCUGGUCUGGUGUGGGUGGCAUGCGGCGAAGAGAUUGCAGCAGCACUCUCUGUCAUCCCCACAGCCCCUCUAAACGGUGCUGCUGGUCUGGUGUGGGUGGCAUGCGGCGCAGAGAUAGCAGCAGCACUCUCUGUCAUCCCCACAGCCCCUCUAAAUGGUGCUGCUGGUCUGCUGUGGGUGGCAUGCGGCGCAGAGAUAGCAGCAGCACUCUCUGUCAUCCCCACGUGCCCAAUCCUUUCUUUCCGCUUGCUCCUCCCCCCCCCUCUCUCUAUCCCACCCCUCUCCCUCCUCUUCCAGAGCCCCUCUAAACGAGCCCCUCUAAACGGUGCUGCUGGUCUGGCGUGGGUGGCAUGCGGCGCAGAGAUAGCAGCAGCCCUCUCUGUCAUCCCCACGUGCCCAAUCCCUUGUUUCCGCUUGCUCCUCCCCCCCCCCUCUCUAUCCCACCCCUCUCCCUCCUCUUCCAGAGCCCCUAAACGGUGCUUCUGGUCGCGUGUGUGGCAUGCGGCGCAGCGUGUAGCGGGCGGGCUGCAGCGGGGGUUGUGA